AUGUCCUCGGAAACCCACCUGUCCGCCUUAGGGGCAAGCUCCGAAAAGCAACCUUCGAAAUAUCCGACUACGGAUCACCCGUCCCAGGUUCUAGAGUAUGAUGGAGACGGCGGCGAUGCGGCGGCCGGCCCCUACUUAUCGCCACGAAUUGCUGCUUAUGUUAAGAAAUUCGAAAACCAACUGACCGAAUAUAAUUUGGAAGCCCGUGGUAUAGAGCGGGUGCAGCAGCAUGAACGGAUGAAGAAAUUGACCUGGGCCUCGUACCUGCAAGCGUUUUUGCUCUGGGUCUCGAUCAAUUUAGCCGCCAACAACAUUACCUUAGGAAUGCUAGGGCCUAUUGUAUAUAAGUUAAGCUUCUUGGACUCGGCUCUUUGUGCGGUUCUGGGUGCUUUAGUUGGAGCAGUAGUUGCCUCAUGGAUGGCUACCUGGGGGCCAGUCUCUGGCGUCCGGACUAUGGCAUUCGGACGUUACUCAAUGGGCUGGUGGCCUAGCAAAAUUGUUGUCAUCUUGAACUUGGUACAAAUGCUCGGGUAUUCCCUAAUUGAUUGCGUAGUCUGCGGGCAAAUCUUGUCUGCGGUGUCACCAAAUGGGAAUAUGUCGGUAGCUGUGGGCAUUGUGAUAAUCGCAGUCAGUUGUUGGGUGGUAGCCACGUUCGGUUACCAUGUCUUCCAUUACUACGAACGCUUUGCGUUCCUGCCCCAGGUCAUUGUAGUUUCCAUACUCUACGCCGUAUCGUCGGCAAAGUUUGAUCUGUCCACGCCGUCAUCUGGAGAUCCUCGCACGCUCGCCGGAAAUCGGCUGUCAUUCUUUUCGAUCUGUCUCAGUGCUGCUAUCACCUACGCUCCGUUAGCUGCCGACUUUUUCGUCUAUUACCCUGAAAGAACCUCCAGGGUAGCCCUCUUCUCACUCUCAUUGAUUGGACUCAUUAUAUCGUUCACCAUGGCUUUCGUUGUUGGCAUCGGACUCGCAUCCGGCGUCUCAAGUCAUCCAGAGUACGGUGCGGCGUACACCAGGGGUGCAGGGGCACUUAUCGUUGAAGGGUUUGGGCCUCUUCGCGGUUUCGGCAAGUUCUGUUCCGUGGUUGUUGCGCUGGGACUCAUCGCAAAUACUAUCCCACCGACCUAUUCCGCCGGUGUUGAUUUCCAGGUUCUCGGACGGUACGCAGAGAAGGUCCCGAGAGCCAUUUGGAAUACAAUAGGUGUUAUAAUCUACGCCGUCUGCGCUCUAGUCGGUCGCAGCAACCUUUCCGAUAUCUUCACUAAUUUCCUUGCCCUUAUGGGCUACUGGGUUGCUAUCUGGAUCGCUAUCAUUCUUGAAGAACGGUUCAUCUUCCGAUUUAGGAGUGGAUAUAAUUGGGAUGCUUGGAACGAUCCCUCGAAGUUACCAGUGGGUGUCGCUGCAUUCAUUGCCUUUGUAAUCGGUUGGGUUGGUGCAAUCCUCUGCAUGGCCCAAUACUGGUAUAUCGGUCCUCUCUCUGGGUUAGUGGGCGAAAAUGGUGCAGACAUGGGGAACUACGUCGGAUUCACCUGGGCUCUCCUCGUAUACCCGCCUUUGCGGUAUAUCGAGCUUCGUAUGCUAGGCCGGUAA